AUGGAUGAGUUUGUGUGUGACCGUGGUUACCACCACAACACCCCCUCAGGAUACAGCACACCAGCAGUGAUGGAGCAUGUCUGCAGCGCUAGGAGAGAUAUCCAUUUAAUAUCAACACACACACUUCAAAUCCACCCCCCAACACCGCCCAACCCGCCCCACCACGCCCCGAUCCCCGCCCCACCCCGCCCCACCACGCCUCACCCCGCCUCACCCCGCCCCACCACGCCCCACCACGCCCCACCACGCCUCACCCCACCCCACCACGCCUCACCCCGCCCCACCCCGCCCCACCACGCCCCACCACGCCCCGAUCCCCGCCCCACCCCGCCCCACCACGCCUCACCCCGCCUCACCCGCCCCACCACGCCCCACCACGCCCCACCACGCCUCACCCCACCCCACCACGCCUCACCCCGCCCCACCCCGCCCCACCACGCCUCACCACGCCCCACCCCGCCCCACCACGCCUUACCACGCCCCACCACGCCUCACCCCGCCCCACCCUGCCCCACCACGCCUCACCACACCCCACCACGCCCCACCCCGCCCCACCCCGCCCCACCACACCUCACCCCGCCUCACCCCGCCCCACCACGCCCCACCACGCCUCGCCCCACCCCGCCCCCACCAUCCAGCCCUAGCCAGCUCUCUCCACCCUACUCCAGCCAGCUCUCUCCACCCUACUCCAGCCAGCUCUCUCCACCCUACUCCAGCCAGCUCUCUCCACCCUACUCCAGCCAGCUCUCUCCACCCCACUCCAGCCAGCUCUCUCCACCCUACUCCAGCCAGCUCUCUCCACCCUACUCCAGCCAGCUCUCUCCACCCCACUCCAGCCAGCUCUCUCCACCCUACUCCAGCCAGCUCUCUCCACCCUACUCCAGCCAGGUCUCUCCACCCCACUCCAGCCAGCCCCAUCCAGCUCUCUCCACCCCACCCCACUCCAGCCAGCCCCAUCCAGCUCUAGCUAAACCAGGCAUGAGACGUUGGAUCAAGCGUCCACCACAUUUCCUUCCAUACUCCAGAGAUGUUAGACUGAGGAUCGAGCCUCCACCACCUUUCCUUCCAUACUUCAGAGACGUUAGACUGAGGAUCGAGCCUCCACCACCUUUCCUUCCAUACUUCAGAGACGUUAGACUGAGGAUCGAGCCUCCACCACCUUUCCUUCCAUACUUCAGAGACGUUAGACUGAGGAUCGAGCCUCCACCACCUUUCCUUCCAUACUUCAGAGACGUUAGACUGAGGAUCGAGCCUCCACCACCUUUCCUUCCAUACUUCAGAGACGUUAGACUGAGGAUCGAGCCUCCACCACCUUUCCUUUCAUACUUCAGAGACGUUAGACUGAGGAUCGAGCCUCCACCACCUUUCCUUCCCAGAGACAUUAGACUGAGGAUCGAGCCUCCACCACCUUUCCUUCCAUACUCCAGAGACGUUAGACUGAGGAUUGAGCCUCCACCACCUUUCCUUCCAUACUCCAGAGACGUUAGACUGAGGAUCGAGCCUCCACCACCUUUCCCUCCAUACUUCAGAGACGUAUAG